UUUCCUGUACAGUCUGCUGUUCUGGUUGAGAAGGCCAAAUAGCGACAACUCGCGUGCUCUGAGCGUGAUGUCUACAGCGUUGCGUGUGCUCUACUCUGUGUCCAAGCCAGGCACUUUCUCAGCCAGCUCUGGCCUGGUCCGUCCAUUCAGCCUGUCUGUCCAGAGGGAAGGAUACAAGUAUGUUAACGCACAGGAGCUGCCCACAGACAUGAAGUCCAUCACAGACCGAGCCGCACAGACCCUCCUGUGGACCGAGCUCUUCAGGGGACUGGGGAUGACCAUGAGCUACCUGUUCCGGGAGCCGGCCACCAUUAACUACCCCUUUGAGAAGGGGCCGCUGUCGCCCCGUUUCCGAGGGGAACACGCCUUACGCCGAUACCCCUCCGGAGAGGAACGUUGUAUUGCCUGCAAGCUGUGCGAGGCCAUCUGCCCUGCCCAGGCCAUCACCAUCGAGGCGGAGCCCCGCGCCGACGGCAGCCGGCGAACCACGCGCUACGACAUCGACAUGACCAAAUGCAUCUACUGCGGCUUCUGCCAGGAGGCCUGCCCCGUGGACGCCAUCGUUGAGGGUCCCAACUUCGAGUUCUCCACAGAGACACAUGAGGAGCUGCUGUACAACAAGGAGAAGCUGCUCAACAACGGGGACAAAUGGGAGGCAGAGAUCAGUGCAAACAUACAGGCCGAUUACCUCUACAGAUAGACCAGCCAGCUCACCGACCCGCUCACUGACUGACCGACUGACUGAUCCGACUGACCGAGACACACACGGACUCACUGACCUGCUGUGACCAGCCCCAGUCCAGAAGGGUUUCCAUCUCUCUGUACAUGACUGACAGUUUCAGCCUGGAAGCUCAGUUAAGGCAGUAUAACAUUUUUUCUGGUCACUGUAGAAGACACCACCUGGUUCCUGCUGGUCUGGGGAAAAAAAGAUUGGGCUGCCACACUUCAUACACACAGACUGACACAUGCAAGCACGGUAUUGACUGUCCGGAUGCAUAGUGGACUGGGACAGGCAGGCAUUUCAGACUUUUAUACUGGUUGACUGGCUGCAGUUCAUGUCUCUCCUUCACCUGAAUAAACCAACAGUUUCCAGUAGUUGCUGUCACUCUCUGUUCUCAGUAUCAAGCAACCUGUUGCCACAUGUAGACCCAGGCGCUGUUCAGCUGUUCGUAUACACGCAUGUAUACACAUUGUUCUAAGAACUGUAUAAAGAUUAUGUAGAGCUAAAAUUGUGAAGAAUAAAUUAAAAUUCCUGUCAUAAG